AUGUUAAAUCCAGAAAUUAUCGACGAGUACAUGCCCAAAUGGUAUAUUCUUAUCCCAGUUGCCGUUUUCAUUUAUAUCCUUUCAGUUACCUUAAUCAAAGAUGCAAUCUAUACCAGAAGGAUGGGAUGCAAGAAUCCGCCAUAUGCACAUAUAGUCAAAUUCUCCGGUGUGUUUGCGCUUAUGAGACUUCUUAAAGCUAAGAGUGAAGAUCGUUUAACUGAAUUCUUAAUGGACGUUUUCGCCCAUUAUCCGAACAAUACUUUCUUUCUUAGAUUAGCUGGUGUUUUAAAAGUGGUUUUUACUGUUGAUCCAGAUAAUAUGAAGGCUGUAUUAGCUACUCAAUUCAAUGAUUUUUCAUUAGGGAGAAGACAUGCACACUUUAAACCCUUAUUAGGAGAUGGUGUUUUUACGUUGGAUGGUGAAGCUUGGAAGUUCACUAGAGGAAUGCUAAGACCCCAAUUUGCUAGAGAGCAGAUUGGCCAUGUUCAAUUAUUAGAACCACAUGUUCAAGUACUUGCUAAACAUAUUGAAUUGUAUCAAGGUGAGACAUUUGAUCUCCAAAAGUUAUUCUUUCAAUUCACAGUUGAUACAUCUACUGAAUUAUUGUUUGGUGAAUCAGUACACUCUCUUUACGAUGAACACUUGGGUCUUCCUUGUCCCAACAAUAUUCCUGAACGUGACGGGUUCGCAGAAGCGUUCGGCAUUUCGCAAACAAUUCUUGCUUCAAGAGCAUAUCUGCAAAUAUUCCAUCAUUUAUUUAAUAGUGCUCAAUUUCGUCAUUGCAAUAAGAAGGUCCAAGCUUUGGCUCAGUAUUAUGUGCAACUUGCCCUUGAGCUUACUCCGGAAGAACUCGAAGUGAAGUCCAAAGGUAAUUAUACAUUCUUAUACGAGUUGGUCAAAAAAACUAGAAGUCCUAAGAUGUUACAAGAUCAAUUAUUGAAUAUUAUGGUUGCCGGCAGAGACACAACUGCUGGUUUAUUAUCAUUUACUAUGUUUGAAUUAGCAAGAAACCCAGAAGUUUGGGCAAAGCUUAAGGAUGAAAUCUAUACUAAAUUCGGAGGUGGUGAUGAUUCUAGGAUUGAAGAAAUCACAUUUGAAUCAUUGAAGAAAUGUGACUACUUAAAGAGUAUUCUUCAAGAGGCAUUGAGAAUGUAUCCUGCGGUUCCAAUCAAUUUUAGAGUUGCCAACAAAGAUACAACGCUACCUCGUGGUGGUGGCACAGAUGGGAAUUCUCCAAUCUUUAUUCCAAAAGGAUCUACUGUUGCUUAUAGUGUCUAUGUAACUCAUAGACGCGAAGAAUUUUAUGGAAAAGAUGCAGACAAGUUUAGACCAGAGAGAUGGGAUGACUUGAAGAAGUUGGGUUGGGCAUAUCUCCCAUUCAACGGUGGUCCAAGAAUAUGUCUUGGGCAGCAAUUUGCUCUUACUGAAGCUUCGUAUGUCAUUGCAAGAUUAGCUCAAAUGUUUCCAAAUAUUAAAAGUAUGGAUCCAAGCUAUCCACCCAAGCAACAUUUACACUUGACUGCCAGUCUUCAACCUGGGACGCAGAUUCAAAUGUGGAAAUGA